AGAACAUGACUUCGCUGCAGCAAUUUUUCUGUAAGCCACUUGAAAACAGCUCAGCAGAGAGCUCUAACUGCACAGUCUGCCCUGAGAACUGGUUCCGUUUCAAAAGCAAGUGCUACUGGUUCUCCAGCGCAACACGAAACUGGACCGAGAGCAAAGACGACUGCAGAGCAAAAGACUCUCAAUUGGUGGUGAUACAGAAUCAAGAAGAAGUGGCCUUUAUCCUGAGUAAUAUCCAUUCACCACUGCUGUGGAUUGGAUUACAAGCAACACCUCCUGACUGGAAAUGGACCUGGGUGGACGGCUCCCCAUUAGAGGACAAACUGUGAGUAUCUCAUCUUACUCUGCAGAGCAGGGGUGGGGAGGGGCCAGAUCUUUGUCUCCCCAAACCCUCUGGUCAGUCAUAUGCCAUGCUAAUCACAUCAGGUCAUUGACACCUGUCAAAAUACACCCUUUGAGUGUACCCUAAAGU